UCAGACAUAAUCUAAAAAGAAGUGACGAAGGAAGAUUUAAUUUUUUUAGGCAGUUUUAUAUAAAAAGUAUAUCAAAACGACUUCAAUUAGGCUAUUUGUUGGUGGUAUUUAUAAAAUAUCACAACGUCAACUACACUUGAACGCAAUAAAACGCACUCAGCAGAAGUUUGUCAAUAAUAAAACCAUGGUGGUACAACACAACGUUAAAGGUUACGAAGAAUUCACAAAAUUGGUUGAUGAAUUAGAAGGUUCUGGUCAACCCAUACAUGUCUUGUUUUCCGGUGGUAAAAAUGAAAAUGGUGAAAGUUGGUGUCCGUAUUGUGUAAAAGCCGAGCCCGUAAUUCAUGAUGCUUUAGAAAAGGCUUCUGAAAAAUCACAUUUCGUGCAUGUAGAUGUAGGAGAACGUUCUUACUGGAAAGACUUAAAUUGUCCCUUCCGCAAAGAUCCCAAUACACAUUUGGUAUUCUUGCCCACUUUACUACGUUGGAAAUCACCCCAACGUUUGGAUGGUGAACGUUGUUCCAACAAGGAUUUGGUAGAAAUGAUGUUUGAAGAUGAGGACUAAAGUUUUACCCACAACCCCCUUGAACAAAAUGUAAAAACAAAAACAGCUAAUUAAAUUUAUAACUUGCGUUUAUUCUUAA